CCUCCUUCUUGCUACAUUAGUUCCAACACUGACAGUUGCGAAUCAUAUUACUCAAGAAGGUGAGGAGAGUCCAGCCUGGGAGAGGAUUGAUAAACUUAAAGCAAUAAAGCAUCCUGUGAAAUUAGUUCAGGGUAAUUGAUUGACUGAUUUAUUGGUUGAUUGACAAACAUCUACAACUCCAUAGCACAUUGAGCUGUGGUGAACAUUCCACGAGUGUCUGCUGAAAUCGUCUCUUGGCAUUCUUCUGAGACAAUCCUACAAGAUGGAGAGAUCCACACAAGAGCUGUUCCUCAACUUCAUGAUUGUGUUGAUCACUGUGCUGCUGAUGUGGCUUCUGGUGAAGUCUUACCUGGAAUAAAAGGACUAAAUGAUGAUUUUUGGAUCAACCUAAGUCGAUGUUUCCAGUCCCUUCAGUGUUGACAUAGUCUUUACAGUCUCCAUCAACACUAAAGGGGCAGAAGUCAAUGCGCCAUGUACAGUAUCUUCAUACCAAGUGUGUCCUACUGCUCGUACCAUCAACGCCAUUGAUGGUGUGUGGAACGCAAGAUUUGCCCGUUCUUUAUGCAUACAAGGCAGCUUCAUGUUUUUGACACAAUGUUAACCAAAAGUUCCAUCAAUUAUUGAUAAUAAAUACUGUAAAAUGCCUUUACUAUAAGGGGGUGUGGGUUUUCCCCCACAGGAUGUGGUUUUCCGCCACAGAAAUCUAAAAAGAUGUCUUAAUAUAAUAAUUUCUUGUUUUAUCCCACAUUCUGGGACACAAAAAAAUUCAGCUGAAUAAACAAAUGGUUGGAGAAAUUA